AUGGAUCCUCAACAGAGGCUGCUGUUGGAGACUACCUAUGAGGCCCUUGAGGCGGCCGGCUACUCACUGGAGGCCAUGAAUGGUUCAAAAACAUCUGUUCACGUCGGUGUGAUGAACACAGAUUUUAGCAACAUUCAGCUGCGAGAUUCAGAAGUGCUACCUACAUACAAUGCCACCGGCACCUCCAUUAGCAUUCUUUCAAAUCGACUGUCAUACUUUUUCAAUCUAAAGGGCCCGUCAGUGACUGUUGACACGGCCUGCUCUAGCUCACUGGUAGCCCUGCAUCAGGCCGUCCAGGGCCUUCGCGCUGGUGAUGCAACCUCCGCCAUUGUUGCCGGUGCAAACUUGAUUUUUGAUCCCGCUAUGUACAUCGCUGAAUCGAGCCUGCAUAUGCUGUCCCCUGACUCAUGCUCGAGGAUGUGGGAUAAGGCUGCCAAUGGAUAUGCUCGGGGAGAAGGGUUCGGUGUAUUGCUCCUCAAGCCGCUGAGUCGAGCCAUUAUGGAUGGCGACCACAUCGAGGCAGUCAUCCGCAGCACGGGUGUCAACUCCGAUGGCCGUACCAAGGGUAUCACCAUGCCUAACGCAGCGUCCCAAACGGAGCUUAUUCGGCAAACAUACCGGGAUGCAGGCCUUGACCCUGUCCGGGAUCGAUGCCAGUACUUCGAGUGCCACGGAACAGGCACUGCUGCUGGAGACCCCAUAGAAGCGCGGGCUGUGCACGAUGCAUUUUUCCCCACUGAAACAGGCACAGCCUCGAACCUGCUUAUCCCCGACGGCAAGCUGUACGUCGGAUCCGUGAAGACAAUCAUUGGCCAUCUAGAAGGUUGUGCGGGCAUUGCUGGAGUUCUCAAGGCUGUUCUCGCCAUCAAGAACCGCACCAUCCCUCCAAACAUGCACUUCCACGAGCCAAAUCCUGAGGUUAUCCCCUUUUGCGACCGUCUUCAAAUCCCAACAGCCCCGAUACCUUGGCCGGAUACUGGCCGAUCUCCCAUGCGUGCCAGUGUCAACAGCUUUGGGUUCGGCGGGACAAACGCCCAUGCUAUCAUUGAAGGAUACGACGCGCUGAGCAGUCCAGUACAGGAGAAGACCGUAACACCCGAAGAUCUCUUCAUCGGACCUCUGUUAUUCUCCGCCAGCUCUAGCACGUCCCUGGUUGCCAAUGUCAAAAACAUGGCGGAGCGGAUCAGGUCCGACGCCUCCAUCGAUCUUGAAAGUCUGGUGUGGACAUUACAUGCUCGGCGGAGCGUCUUGCCGAUCAAAGCCUUCUUCACAGGUGGUACCGUGCAGCGAUUGCUCAACUUCAUGGAUCGGUUCGUUGCGGAGUCCGAGGAAACCACGAGCUCGACAGCCGGGAUCAAAUACCAGCCGCUGAAUCCCGCCGAAGCCCCCGGAGUCCUUGGUAUCUUCACUGGCCAAGGUGCGCAAUGGGCUUCAAUGGGUUCCGCGCUCCUCCAGCAGAAUCUUGUCUUUCGUGCAGCUAUUGAGCGGUGCCAGGCUGCUUUGGCCGCACUGCACGACGGCCCUGCAUGGUCUUUGGUGGACGAGCUCAUAGGGCUAGUGGACAUGGUGCGGUCCGCGGGCAUCAAACUGGAUGCGGUAGUGGGCCAUUCCUCCGGCGAGAUUGCUGCUGUAUACGCUGCUGGGAUUAUCGAUGCAGAGGACGCGAUCAAGAUUGCAUACUACCGUGGCUACUACGCCAAAUUAGCUUCUGGGACACGAGGUCAAGCCGGACGCAUGCUGGCCACCGCCAUGUCCUUUGACGAAGCGGAGGAAUUCUGUGCCCGGCCGCAAUGGCACUGUCGUCUUGUGGCUGCCGCAAGCAACUCCCCACAGAGCGUUACCCUUUCCGGCGACAUCGACGCCAUCGAGGAAGCAAUGCAGAUUUUCGAGUCCGAGAAGAAAUUUGCACGGAUCUUGCGGACCGAUACUGCUUACCAUUCGCAUCAUAUGCAGCCAUGCGCGGAGCCAUACCUAAGGUCAUUGCGAGCCUGCCAGAUUAAGGUGAAUCCGCCCCGGAAGGACUGCGUGUUGAUAUCCAGCGUCCGUGGCGAUACCCAAUUGCUAGAGGCGGGCCUAUCGACCCUGGCCGACCAGUACUGGGUGGACAACAUGUGCAACCCGGUUUUGUUCUCGCAAGCAGUUGAGACCUCGAUCUGGAACGGAGGCCCCUUUGAUGUGGCUGUCGAACUGGGCCCACAUCCUGCCCUAAAAGGCCCCGUGGAGCAAACAAUCAAGGCAGUCUAUGGGCCUAUCCCGGCCUACGCCGGACUCAUGCGGCGCGGCGACAAUGAGAUCGAGGCCUUCUCUGGCGGCGGUCGUGGAUACCGCAAGGGUUUCAAGGGAGCCGAUCGUUUGCGGCCACAGGUGCUGAAAGACCUGCCACCCUACUCUUGGGAUCACAGCAAGCAGUACUGGAGGGAAUCUCGUAUCUCCCGUCAAUAUCGGCUGCGGCAGGAUACUCCGCACGAAUUACUAGGCCGUCGAGUUCCCGAUGACACUGAUGACAGCCGGAGAUGGCGAAACGUACUGCGACUCAGCGAAUUGCCUUGGAUCAAGGGCCACGUCUUUCAAGGACAGGUUCUGUUUCCCGGAGCUGGCUAUGUGGCUAUGGCUCUGGAGGCAGCAAGGGCGCUGACAGAUGGCCGCCCGGCCACUUUGUUCGAGAUUGAGGAUGUUUCUCUGCGCCGCGCAUUGGUUAUUCCAGAGCAAGGAAGUGUCGAAACCGUCUUCACUGCCCGGGUCAUCGACGCGGAAGAUGGGAGAAAAGCCACCGAUCGACUGGAAGCAGAGUUUGCGUGUUAUUUCUGCUCCACCGAGGGCACCGAGCCCUUGGCCAAAGCAUGCACAGGCCGUCUCAUCAUCAACUAUGGCGAUCCGGCACCAGAUGCCCUGCCACAAAGAACCCGGCUACCAGCAAACAAUGUACCAGUAGACAUGGGGAGGUUCUACGACGCCAUGAACAACAUAUGCAGAUUGGACGACUAUGUUGUCAACCCUGGCUUCUUGGAUGUUGCAUUCCAGUCACUCUAUACAGCUUUUUCAUCCCCCGCCAGUGGAGAGAUCUGGGCCCCUUAUCUGCCGAUUCACAUUGAGAGACUUGCCGUGAACCCCAAUGUGACUUACCGAAUCGGAAAAGACGAGACUCAAAUGGAGGCGGACGCGUUCGUUACCGCAGCGGACUCUACACUUCUUAAAGGUGAUAUCCAGCUUUACCAAUGCGAAUCUCAGCAUGCUACCCUCCAGGUCGAAGGGAUCUCCAUGAAAUCCAUGUCCGAACCUCAGCCGGAGAACGAUAGAUGCUUAUUCUCUGAGACCGUCUGGGGCCCUGAUGUCUCGUUAGGCGUCACCGAAGUGGCCAGCUGUGCAGCCAAGGACGACAAUCAUCUAGUAGAGGCUUUGGACCGAGUAUCCCUGUUCUACUGGCAAAAGCUUCUUGAAGAGGUCGGUGCGGAGACCGCCCAAUUCCAAUGGUACCACCAACGAAUGUUUGACGCCGUCAAUUUCCAGGUCGCCUCCGUGCGCAGCGGGCAACAUCCCAUUGCGAAGUCAGCAUGGCUUGAAGAUGAUUGGAAUACCAUCCUUGCUGUAAGCGAGCCAUAUGCGUCUCGUGUGGAUAUGCGACUCAUCCACGCGGUUGGAGAGAAUCUGGCCUCCGUUGUGCGUGGUGACACCCAGCUACUAGAAGUCAUGGUUCAGGAUGACAUGCUCAACCGCUUUUACAUGGAAGGAUAUGGCUUCUCUGCCAUUAAUAACGCGGUCUCGGACGCUCUGGAGCAGAUCACGUUCAAGUAUCCCCACGCAAACACCCUGGAAAUCGGCGCCGGCACUGGUGGAACGACCCGGAGUAUCCUUGACCGGAUUGGCAGCCGGUAUGGAUCUUACACAUACACCGAUAUUUCCCCCGCCUUCUUCAAAGCCGCGGCUGAAAAGUUCGAGGACGCACGAGGAAAAAUACAGUUCAGGGUCUUGGAUGUGGAAAAGGAGGUUGGCGCUCAGGGCUUCAACGAGUGCAGUUACGACGUCAUCGUCGCCGCGAAUGUCCUCCAUGCCACGCACAAGCUGGAAGAGACCAUGAACCAUGUUCGGGCUCUGCUCAAACCCGGUGGGUAUCUUGUUCUGAUGGAGAUUACUGGCCCACAUGUCUUGCGGACGCAGUUCAUCAUGGGUGGCCUUCCAGGGUGGUGGUACGGUGUGGAUGACGGACGUGUCCUGUCGCCCGCCAUAUCGGUUGAGCAGUGGAGUCGGCUGCUUCUCGAUACUGGCUUCUCCGGCUUGGACUGUUUGAGGCCGGACAUGUUGGAUGAAGACAAGCACUCUUUCUCACUCAUGGUGAGCCAGGCCAUUGAUGAGAAGAUACAAAUGCUCAGGUAUCCGGCAUUGUCGACGAGCCUUGUCCCAGCGGGGGAUAUUCUGAUCAUCGGAGGCCGAACCAAUCCAACUGUGCAGGUAGUUCAGGAUAUUCGUCACUACCUCGCCUCCUGGACGAGCCGUGUUCAGGUUUGGAACAGUAUCCAAACCAAGCAGCUGGAUCAGCUGGCUCAAUUCGAAAACAUCAUUUGCCUCGAAGAGCUGGAUCAGCCUUUGUUCUCCACUGCCAUGACCGGCGAGACGCUGGUGGCUCUGCAAAGGGUUUUGAGUGGGACAAGGAAUGUUGUCUGGGCCAUCAACAGCGCCAAUGGUGAGAACGCCCAUGUGAACAUGACAGUCGGUAUUGGGCGAGCAUUGCGAACAGAGGUCCCUGGUUUGAACCUCCUUUUCGUCGACGUCGAUGCUAUUGAUAAUGCCCCUGCAUGUGCACAACAGCUCUCGCAGAUGUUACUGCAGCUGGUGAUUGGAUCUCUGUGCUCGGCUGAGAACAUGCUGUGGGCAAUGGAGCCGGAAAUCCGAGUCCGAGACGGGCGACGCCUUGUUCCUCGGGUUCUUCCCAUAACACCAAUGAACGAGACGUACAAUGCCAGUCGGCGAGUCAUUACCAAGGCAGUCGAUAUCGAGACCACGUGCGUGACUUUAGAAGACUCUGGAGGUUUACUGCGCCUGGUGCAGGGAGCGUCCAUGGUAGAUAGCCCCGUCCAGCGCGGCCAUGAUCGGCUCCGAGUCCAUUUUUCUCUCCUUCUCGCGGUCUCUGGGGGCUCUCCAUGCUACUUGUGCAGUGGUGUUCUGAGAGAGAGCGGACACCCGGCCCUGGCACUCUCCACCUCGAACGCGAACUUUGUGGACGUCCCCAACCACAUGGUCUUGACCGUGGAUCACGAUCAGCCUUGUGAUGCCGCGGUACUUGAAGCGACAGCCCGCCAUCUCCUGGCGAGAAACAUCUGCAGCCGCCUUCCGGCCUCGAAUAUAACACUUGUCUAUCAACCCAGCCACGACUUUGCUCAAGCACUGCUGUCAACGGGACGCCACUUUUCAUUCGCCGCUACCGACAAGGCCAGCUGCUUCAGAGACUGGAUCUACUUCCACCCUAGAGCCUCGCGCCGCGCUAUUCAGUCUCAUCUACCCGAGAACUUGGACGCCCUCAUCGACUGUACUGGUGAGCUCGACGCCAGCCUCCUGGGUCCCGCAUAUUCUGCCGCUCUCACAUAUGCCAGCUCCUCGCGUAACAGACCGAGCAUCCAAAUCAGAGACCUUCCCCUGGCCACGCCCUCCAAACUGCAGACGGUUGAUUGGACCGGUGUCGAACCUGUGGAAUUGAUGCUUCAACCACUUAGCACGAGCAACCUAUUUUCGCCAAACGCCACUUACCUCCUUGCUGGAAUGACAGGCGACCUUGGUCUUUCACUCUGCCGCUGGAUGAUUAACAAUGGCGCCCGAAUUAUUGCUCUGACGAGCCGGAAUCCAAAUGUCGACGAGGAAUUGUUGCAAGACAUGCGCCGGGGUGCUGUCGAUAUCCGAGUCUUCCGGACCGACAUCACCGACCGAGACGCUGUUUGUCGGCUGGUUGAAGAGAUCAGAAAGUCAAUGCCGCGCAUUGCUGGUGUUUUCAACGCAUGCAUGGUCCUCCAAGAUGGACUCUUCUCCGAGAUGGAUGCUGACACCCUCAAUAAUACCCUCGCGCCCAAGGUUGACGGGUCCAAGAUCCUAGAUGAAAUCUUCCAAAAUGACUCUCUCGACUUUUUCGUCCUCUUCUCGUCCCUGGCGAGUAUCAUUGGGAAUGCUGGCCAAUCCAACUACCACGCUGCAAACAUGUUUCUCUCCGGUCUUGCCGCCAACCGUCGCAAGAAGGGGCUUGCAGCGUCCGUCUUGCACAUUGGUCUGGUCACCGAUGUAGGAUAUGUUGCUCGCAAGGGUCAAGCAAUGGAGGAACGACUCCGUAGACUUUUUUUCCUGCCGUUGUCGGAAUCGGACAUCCACCAUGCGAUGGCGCAAACCAUUCUAACCAGUCCGCCUCACAGCACGCGUCAGCACGAGAUUAUUUUGGGGCUAGAGCCUUUCGUUGAUUCACUCAACGCAACUAAACGGCCCCCCUGGGAACACAAUCCAAAGUUCUCGCAUUACGUUUCGCGGCCAUUGGUAGACGGAAGCCCGGCGGCCACGACAUCGGAAGCUGCAGCAGACGUGAAACAACUGUUGAGGUCGGCGGUUUCCGCAGAGACAGUCACCCCUAUUGUCCAAGAGGCAUUCGCUAGGAAGCUCGAAUCGAUGAUGCAGCUCCCUGCCAAUAGUGUCAACCUGAAUGUUCCCCUGAUUGACUUGGGAUGUGACUCCUUGCUGGCCAUUGAAAUACGACGCUGGUUCAUCAAAGAGGUUGGCAUUGACGUUCCGGUCCUCAAGGUGUUGUCCGGCGAUACCACGGCUCAGAUCUGCGAGGAUGCGGUCUCGCAAUUUCUGGCUUUACAGCUGGAGAAGAAAGACGCAGUGCCAUCCAACGCCACGGAAAAGCCCAAGACAGAGCCUCAAGGACCCAGUGAUGCUCUUGAAAAAGUCGAUAGUGCCAAUGGGGACUCCGAAACAAGUAGCCAAGGCGAUGAUUCGCGAGGAAAUUUCUCGUCGUCGAGCAGCCACACCAGUCCAAGUCUCCAAGCUACUACUCCUGGCGUCAAACCGAGUACACCAGCGCCACUGGAUGAUGACGCGGGACCUCUCGAUGGUGCUUUUAAGCGAGUCAUGAUUCGCGCCGAACGUGCCUCCUUUGCCCAGUCAAGACUGUGGUUCUUGACGCAGUAUCUUCAUGACCCAACAACGUACAAUGUCACCGUCCGUUACGAUGUUAGAGGGAAGCUGCCAGCUUCACGAAUCGUCAAUGCGCUGGACACAACCAUCCGCCAUCAUCAGUCUCUGCAAACGUGCUUUUUCAUGGACUCGGACAAGGGAACACUGAUGCAAGGAGCCCUGUCGCCGCCGAGCAGUUCCAUCAAAACUAUUCUUCCUGGAAACGAGCAGACAGUCAUAGAGGAAUACGAGCGUUUGCGCCGUCGAGUUUGGGAUCUCGAGAAGGCGGAAACCUUCGCGGUCUCUGUCGUUUCUUUGUCGCCGGAACAGCAUACGAUUAUCUUCGGGUACCAUCAUAUCGUCAUGGACGGGGUGAGCUGGCACCUUUUCUUGCGAGACCUGGACCUCGCAUAUCGCCUGAGACUGCUCCCUUCAAUUGAAAGGGAAUACAUCGAUUGGACGGAGAAGCAAUUUCAGUCCGCUCAGCGAGGAGAUUUCACCAGACAACUCGAUUACUGGCGCAAGCAGUACUCGCCUCCACUCUCCGUCAUGCCACUGCUGCCAAUGGCUCGGACGACUUCUCGCAAGCCGCUCACCACGUAUGACAGCCAUGUCGUCAGUGCCGAAAUUGAUCGGGAGCUCGUGUCGCACAUCCGGAAAGUCAGCCAGUCCUUGCGCGUCACUUCCUUUCACUUCCAUCUAGCCGUGAUCCAAAGCAUCCUCUGCCGCUUGUUAAAGAUAGAGGAUCUUUGCAUUGGCGUGGCGGAUGCGAACCGAACUAGUGAAGCUCACUCGGGGACUGUAGGAUUCUUCCUGAAUCUUCUUCCGGUCCGCUUCAAUGCGAAGGAGCACAGCACAUUCCAAGAUCUGGUUUCAUCAACCAAACGCACGAUUCUUGAAGCCCUGUCCAACUCGGAGACCCCGUUCGAUCUCAUUCUCGACGAUCUGAAAGUCGUGCGAAGUGCAGAACACAGCCCCUUGUUUCAGGUCGCUGUCAAUUAUCGCAUGGGCGCAAUGCUUCAGGUUCCCCUUGGAGACGGCACAAUGGAGAUGGCGUCUGCCGACGACGCAAAGAACCCGUACGACCUCAGUUUCGGGAUCACAGAGACUGCGACGGGGGCUUGCUUGCUGGAACUGACUAGCCAAAAACAACUGUACACGGAGCACGUUACGGAGCUCUUGCUACAGAUGUACGUGGACGUCCUUCGCGCUGCGUCCGACAAUCCUUCACUUCCUGUCAAUCAGCUACCAGUCACGUUGGAAUCGCGAAGCGGGAAAACACUUGCCGUCGCCAAAGGCCCCAGAGUUGAGUAUUCCUGGCCCAGCACACUAUGGGAACGAUUCGACGCGAUCCAGAAGUCGUUCCCGGAGGAAACUGCCAUCAAAGACGGGAAUUCAGACAUGAGCUACUCGCAGCUGGCCAGAAGGGUUGAGCAACUCGCCGCGACGCUAAUCAGCCAAGGUGUUGCUGCGGGAGAUACCGUCGGUGUUCUUCUUCAUCCGUCCAUCGACGCCAUUGCUUGUAUGCUGGCCUCGCUGCGCGUGGGAUGCAUCUAUACACCCCUUGACACGCGACUGCCCCGGGCCCGAUUGAGUACCAUCGUCGAUGGCUGCAAAGCCUCCUUGGUCUUGUACCACGCUGCGACCCAUGACGUUGCUCUGGAACUUGGAAAGUUCGCCAGACUGGCCAAUGUCGACGAUAUACGGGGGACGGUUCAAGCUCACGUAGCGGCAAUUGCGCCUCCAUCAAAUCCGACGUCUUUCCUGUUCUACACCAGCGGCAGUACCGGGGCGCCCAAAGGCAUUCUGCUUACCCAGCAAAAUUUUGUGAAUCAUCUGGCUGCGAAGACCGACAAACUGGCUCUCGGCAGGGAGGUUGUUUUACAACAGAGCUCAUUGGGUUUCGACAUGUCCGUCGUGCAGACUUUCUGCGCUUUGGGCAACGGUGGAACUUUGGUUAUCGCACCGGAGGAAGCGCGGGGAGACCCCGUUGCACUGUCCACACUCAUGGCAAAGGAACGAGUGACGCUGACGAUUACCACGCCCUCGGAAUACUCCUUGUUGCUGCGCUUCGGUCUUGAGCAACUCCAGAAGCCCUACGUAUGGAGGCAUGCCUGCAUGGGCGGCGAAGUCGUGUCGCGGCAGUUGGUUCAGCAGUUUUGCCAGCUGGAUCAUCCUGAUCUGCAGCUGACCAACUGCUAUGGUCCGACGGAAAUCACUGCUGCUGCGACGUUCCAAGACAUCCCUCUCCAAUUGGAAGGCCAGAGCACCACCGAUGGAUCUCUGGUGGGAAAGCCCUUGCCCAACUACUCGGUCUACAUCAUGGACGCUUCCGGAUCUCCGGUGCCCAUCGGUAUCGCAGGCGAGAUCUGCAUCGGAGGCGCUGGUGUUUCACUAGGCUAUUUGAAUUUUCCGGAGCAGACUGACGUGAAAUUCGUCCAGGACCCCUUCGCUAGCCCAGAGGACAUUGCCAGCGGUUGGACGAAGAUGUACAGAACCGGAGAUAUGGGGCGGCUCCUCGAGGAUGGCACUUUAGUUUUUAUGGGCCGCAUGGACGGCGAUAAUCAGGUCAAAUUGAAUGGUGUGCGGAUUGAGCUCGAUGGAAUUGCCAACAGCAUUCUCGCCAGUGGACAUGAUCUGGUGUCCGAAGCCGUUGUAACCGUUCGUGCUGGCUUGGGUUCCGGUUCGCCAUUCCUCGUGGCUCAUGUUGUCCCUCUCGGAGAUCAUGUCGACGACUCCAGACUUCAGCAGCUCGCCAGAGAUCUUCCACUGCCACCGUACAUGCUUCCGUCCGUGGUCAUUGCCCUGGACCGCCUGCCUACCCACGCCAACGGGAAGGUUGACAGGAAGGCCGUCAUGGCACUGCCUCUGCCAACUCACUGCGCUGAGAGCGCGGCGGGUACCGGCAUCGGUAACGCAAGACAUCUCAGCCUCGCAGAAGGCGAGCUAUGCCUGUUGUGGGAGAAGGGAGCUAUCAAGCAGUCGAUUGGGGUUUCGAUCCCCAUCGCGGAACUGUACCAGUUUCCGACUCUCGGUCAAAUGGCGCGGCGAAUCAGUCGCCGUAAGGAAGAACAUCAAGCAUCCCACACAUCAGUAAUCGACUGGGAUUCCGAGACCUCACUGACCCAAGACCUCAUCUCUGCGGCUCAAAGCCAAUACUCGACACAUCAAGCAAAAUCCCAUGACCGUCAGGAGAUCUUGCUUACCGGUUCCACCACUUUCCUCGGCAAAACAAUCCUGCAGUCCCUCCUCCACAACCCGCUCGUUGAACGAGUGCACUGCGUCGCCGUUACCCCGGAGGAUGCCUCACUCCUCCCGUCGUCAGACAAGAUCAUCAUCUACACCGGCAACCUCCUCACACCCAAUCUGGGGCUGUCCCAAACCGAGAUGGCGGUCCUUCAAUCCUCCCUAGACGUAAUCAUUCACGCCGGUAGCACGGGGCACUGCCUGAACAACUACUCUUCCCUACGCACUGCGAACCUCGGCUCAACGAGGUUCUUGGCGGGCCUUGCUCUUUCACACAGAAUCCCCAUCCAUUUCAUCUCGUCCAACCGCGUCACCUUGCUCACCGGCAACACCAUUCUCCCCCCGGUCUCGGUUUCAUCCUCCCUACCCAACCCGGAUGGCUCUGAGGGCUUCACCGCCAGCAAAUGGGCCUGUGAACGGUUCCUUGAAUCAGCUGCCGCACUCGAAGCCGGACUCCCUGUUACAAUCCAUCGUCCGUGCGCGGUCAUCGGAGACGAGGCGCCCAACGAGGAUGCUCUGAAUGCCCUUCUGAAACACUCCAAGCUCACGCGCUGUGUUCCGCGUUUCGAAAACUUCGAAGGCUAUCUUGAUUUCGACGACGUACACAGGGUAGCUGGGGCGAUCGCUGCGGACGCUCUGUCUACUGCUGAAUCGAAGGAGAGCAAGCCUGCCACACGAUUCGUGCACCACUCCAGCGGGCACAAAGUGUCCAUGAAGGACUUUAGGGGCCGAAUGGAGACAUUGUUCGCGUGUCCGUUUGAGGAGGUUUCUAUGGCUGAGUGGAUCGAGCGCGCAUUGCAGGCUGGCAUCGAUCCAUUGAUCACGGGGUACUUGGAGGCGAUGACGAUGAAGGGGGAGACGAUUCGGUUUCCUUUUAUGGGAGAGGCGGGGUCGCCUUGA